CUAUGCGUGUCAAUGCCAAUCAAAAAAUCUUAUAGCCGACGUCUGUCAUUUGCCAAGACGCUGUGCGCCCCAAAGAUAGAGUCGCCAUGGGUAUGCACAUUAAUACGGAGCAAGUGAAGACGCAGGCGGCUGCCAACGUGCUGCUAACGAGCGUAGUCGUCUACUUCCCUCUCUUUCUGGUGCUGGUCUUGCUGUACGAAACAUUACGCCCUCGUGUGCCACAUGUGUACUCGCCCGAGAAUCACGCUGACUUCCCUGAAUCGAAGCAACGCAAGUUUCUAGGCUGGGUGCCCUUCGUGUGGCGCAUCGAUGAGGCUCAAGUGGCCGAAAAAUGCGGCCUGGACGCAUGGGUACUGUUACGCUUCAUGAAAAUGGGGCGCAAGGUAGCGCUACUAUGCGUCGUGUGCUCGCUCGCUCUCUUCCCCAUGUAUUUCUUCACGGCGGCGGUGUUUGAGGAGCAGGAGAAACAGCGUCAUCAUAUGAACGAGUUGUUACCUACGCGAGGGGGAGGAGCUAAUGAUACUGUCGCUGCCAUCACUUCCAUGAUGAUGAUCAUGUUGGACGAACAAGUAGAAACUGGAAAUGGCACGACAAAUAUCUUGUCCUCGGACGGUAAAGUGAAGCUGGAUGUAGUAGACAGACUCACGAUUGCCAACGUGGGUAAAGACGACUGGAGGCUCUUCUUCACGGUGUUCGUCGCCUACAUGAUCAGCAUCUACGUCAUGCGACUGUUGCUGAAUGAAUACACAGUCUACCGUAAGCGUCGUCACGAGUUCCUGAUGCGCAAACAUCCGCAGCAGUACAGCGUCGUCAUUUCUGACCUCCCUCAGUCACAACGUCGUCCACAGACGCUCCAGGCGUAUAUGGAUUUCCUGUUCCCUAACUCUGUGCACUCCGUCUACAUUGGCGUCGAGUGUGCGGAGCUGGAAGAACUCCUGGACAAGCGCCAGGAACUCGUAUACCACCUUUAUGCUGCGAAUGUCAAGCUGAGCGAGGCUAAGACCAAGGCUCAAGACCAUGAUAUCAUCAAGCGACCGAAAGAACUGAUUGGUCGUCGUUUCUUCGGACUUUGUGGUGGCGGAAAGGAGGUCGAUGCCGUCGAUCACUACACCGAAGAGAUGGAGAAGCUGGAGGCCGAGAUUGUUCGCGUCCGGGAUGAGAUUUUGCAGCGCCAGUCAGCAGAGAAGGCCAAGGAAGUCACCAGUAACAAGGAGUACGGCUCGACAGGUACUACUGCACCACGGGGCUUUUCUGGUUUAAGUGAACUGGCGGAGAAGCUGCGAAGGACGAAGAGUUCGAUGGGCGAUAGUCGAUGGGGUGAAGAGACUCUGCCGUUGCUUCACGUCAGUGUACCGGUUCCCAAGCGGCCCAAUGUCAUGCGUAGUUGCGCUUUUGUGAGCUUUCGCAGUAUUCGAUCUGCACAGGCAGCUCAGCAACUGCUUCAGGUAGAGAAUCCACGUCGAAUGAUCGUUCUACCAGCGCCCAACAUUCGUGACGUCCAAUGGAAGAACUUUGGUCUGCCGCACAAGCUGAAAGCGAAGUGGAAACUCAUUUCGAUGGGAGUUUCUCUAUUGAUUGGAUGCUUCUGGACUGUGCCGACGGCUUUUGUCGCUUCCAUGGCUAGCGUUGACGAACUCCAGCACCUCUUCCCGUGGCUUGGUGGCUUUCUAGAAAAGCAUCCGUGGCUACUUAUUGCUCUACAGCAGACGGCACCGCUGGUCUAUUCAGCUAUGAACGGUCUGGCAAAUGUGAUUUUCAAGCUACUGUCGACACAAGAGGGAUAUUUGUCCAUUUCUGAGGUUGAAGCCAGUCGCUUUACGAAGUUGUGCUUUUUCCAAGCGUUCCAGAUGUUCUUCGUGUCGGCACUCGCGGGGUCCAUCAUUACAGAGUUUAUGCUCUUCUUGGACCAACCACGCAUGCUGUUCUUCUUCCUGGGCAACACGAUUGCGAACCAGUCCAUGAUGUUCAUCACGUUCAUCAUCACGCAGUUUUGUGUGGACAUGUCUCUAUUCCUGCUGCGUGUAUCACCGAUGGCCAUCUCUGCUGCUUAUCACCUCCUGGCCCCAAUGCAUGCGAAGCUGCCGAAGCCUCGAGACUGGAUGGGUCUUUGCCCCGUCAACUAUCAGACCGACCUUGAUGCUCCGAUGAAUCUGGCCCAGCAGUAUCUCGUGUUCUUGUUCGUUGUGGUGUUUGCUCCCAUUGCGCCACUUGUGGGGUACUUUGGCGCGAUGUUCUUCGUGGUAUCCGAGCUUUCGUACAAGCGUUGCUUCUUCUUCGUCAACAGCACGCGUUGGGCAACAACAAACUCGAUGGGGGUAUUUUGGCCACCGCUGUAUUCGUUCGUGAUCGGUGCACUGAUUAUUGCCCAGUGCACGCUGAUUGGAUUGCUAUCGUUAAAGUCUGCUGGAACCGGACCGAUCGUGCUCACUGCGUUGCUACCCCUCAUAACGCUUAUAUUCCAUUGGUAUGCUGUUGAUUUAUCCCAUCUGAAGCGUGCUGCUGAGAACCUGCCACUGGACCAAUGCUGUGACGUCGACGAGGAGCGUAAGGAUGAUUCGUUUGAUUUUCUGGAUGGUGUCUACCAGCAACCAGCCAUGAUUGAAGCAUUCCAGCCGGCUUCCGUCCUCGCUCGUGACCCUGAAAGUGGUGCCGGUGCCGCCAUCGAUGCCACUAACGUACAAGAGGAACCAGCCGUCGAGCCACUGAACAAGCCAGCGAAACCUAUUAGCCAGCAGACCCGUUUGGCGGAGCUCAACAAGGAUAAGAAAGACGAGGACAAGAAGACCGCAUAAAUACUGCAGGGUUAUAUGAAAGAGUUUUAGUCGGCGUCAACCAUAACUUCCUUUCACACUAACUCUGCAAGCUUUAAAGGCGUGUUCGCGAAGCCCAUAAAUCAUCAUUAUGGCUCCCAACAGGACAUUUCGUGCUUAUCUCAAACACGACAAAUCUAAAUGUCAUUAUCUCGCCAAAAUGGCGAUGUAAGCCUCGUUUUGAAAACCACUAUGGCCACUGCAUCUUAAAACGGUCGGGCGGAAAUGAUGCAGAUACUCUUGUUAUAUAAUCUUGAUUACAGCGGAAGCCACUCAACACUGCCAUAAGGAAAUAUCAUCUGCA